AUGUUGGUGCUCAGCGAACCCUUGGAGGAGGAGCCCAAGAGCGUGUCCCAACAGCUCCAGCACCUGCUGCAUAUGUGCUGCGGCUCCGUGAUGGAGGCUUUGGCGGCGGUGCUGAUCCUUACCAACGCGGUGCUCUUCGGCAUCCAGGCAGACCACGCAGUGAAGAACCCUGGCAGCGAGCCGACCUUCUUCGCAACUGCAAACUUCGUCUUCACUGUGCUCUUCACCCUGGAGCUCUCGGUCCGUGUAUUUCGAGAAGGCAAGUUCCUCUUCUCUUGCUACAACCCGGACAUCAAGUGGAACAUCAUGGAUGCAAUCCUCGUGGCGUUUGGCCUGUUCGAGGAGAUCCUCACACGGAGCUUCUCAGUAACGAGUGCUCCCAACAUGUCCUCCGCACGGAUCUUGCGCCUGCUGCGGCUGGUGAGGGUGGCGCGUGUGCUGAGAGUCCUGCGAUUCUUCUCGGACUUGCGGGUGAUGAUUUUGGGGGUCUUGAGCUCACUCAAAGCUUUGAUGUGGGCGCUGAUCCUCCUUUUCUUCAUCAUCUACAUUGCUUCUGUCUGCAUCUUGCAGUUCGUGGGGGAGCACCUGAAAGAGAACCCCCAGGACCUUCCAAGUGGCCCACUGGAAUUCGCCGGGCUCUCGCCCUUCUCGUCGCUGGCAACAUCCUGCUUCACGCUGUUCCUGACUAUCUCCGGGGGCAUCAGCUGGGGGGAGCUGGCGCCGCCGUUGAUGGCGGUGAACCCUUUGCUCACCCCGGUGCUCACACUCUACGUGGCCUUGGCCAUGUUUUGCGUUCUCAACAUUGCCAGGGCCUGGUCACGGGUUGUAACCCGGGCCACCCCCUCUCACCCCCAGCGAUCCCCCGCUUCCCGCUUGCAACGCGCCAUGCUGAAGCUCCCCGAGAGCGACAUCCCCAGCGAGGGCGCGCGCCCGGAGGUGCCGGAAAGUCCCCACGCCUUCUCCCCCAUGGAGAACCGCCUGGACCGGGAGCCGGGGGCCUUCUUCGGUCAGCCCGCGCACCUGGAGACCCCGCAGCCGGGCGCUGCGUCCCGGCUGGCGCUGCCCAGCCCCGGCGCCAUCUUGGAAGAGAAGCUGUCCCGGCCCACCUCCCUGGACGUGACGGAGGCCACAGAGACCUGGCCACCCACUCCCAGCUCCCCGAAGACGAAGGCCACCUCUCCAGGCAAAGAGCCCGCGGGCUCGCGCCGGAGCCUUACCGCCUUCAGCCGGCGCCUCGCCCUGGCCACCGCCUCCGCCCCCGAGCGCCUGGCCGAGAAGCUGAUUGAGCAGCUGCGGCAGAGUUGCUUGGAUGAGGCAAACCUCGGCAAGAACAUGUGUACCUGGGAUGGCACUCUUCCGGGCAGCCGGCGCUUUAGCUCCCAGGUGGCGCAGGCCUUGGCCGGGCAGCUGCAGGAGGUGGGCUUCGCCUCGGUGGAGUGGUGGGCCGGCAAGGAGUUCAAAGACACCGGGGGCAAGUACUUGGUCAUCCACAACGCCAUGUACGACAAGUACACCGUGCGCUUGCGGGUGAAGUGGUCUCAUGAGGUGCAGCUUCAGCAGCAGCGGGCGAUUCCGAGACCACGGCUGGAGGGGCCGGUGUUGAGCAUUCUGAGCCAGCUGCGGGAGGUCUUGGAGCUGCAGCAGCGGCUGCUGCAGCUCAAGCAGGUGGAGAAAAAGGCGGCGCUGGCGCGGGCGCAGCAGGCGGAGGCCCGGGCCGAGAAAGCGGAGCUGCAGGCGGAAGAGGCCCAGGCCACGCUGGCGGAGCUGCUGCACGCGCCCACCUCCCACCACGCCGAGAUCCCGGAGAUGAGCCUUCGGGAGAUCGCCGGGAUGUGA